AUGCUACUGCGACCGGAAGAGAGAUCUAAGCCUUAUCGAAUAAUUCCCUACAGUAGGAACCGUAAAUUCACUGGUCGUGAACAUCUUAUUCACUCGGUAGAGAGGCUUUGCAAGCGUGAUGGCCACAACCGGAUCGCUCUUCAUGGAUUAGGAGGCACUGGGUACGUAGUCGAUAAUUUUAUAUCCGGAGCUUUUACUAACAUGGCUUAGAAAAACUCAGAUUGCCCUCGAAUACGUGUAUCGGCGUGCAAGUGAGGCGGAUUGUGACAUAUUCUGGGUGCAAGGGAGUGGAGCGUCAAAGUUUAGGGAGGACUUCAGGGCUAUUGGGAAACACGUUUGGAAUCCUCUAGCUAGCGGUGAGACGGAAGAAGAGGGAUUCCUAUUGGGUAUAAAGAGGUGGUUUGAAGGUCGAGACCGCCAUAACUGGAUCCUGGUAAUUGAUAAUGCCGACAACGAGGAGGACUUUGUUAGCAACAACAGUCCUAUCGCUAAGUUUGUGCCACAAGGCCUAAGAGGCACGGUAAUAUUCACCACCAGAUCUCGCCAGGUUGCAUUCCGGCAAGAGUGCGAAAGGAUCGAUAUUGGAAAAAUGGCCGAGGAUGAGGCCAAGGCACUGUUUUUCGAACACUUUGGAGGCUGGGGAAGCAUGAGGGAUAGGGAAAGAGAGGUAGUUGCCAUGAUCCUGGGUUCGGUCGAUCACCUGCCGCUUGCGGUAGUAGGUUCAGCGGCUUUCAUGGCCGAGACCGAAACACUGCCCUCCGACUACUGGACAAUUUUCCAGGAGAACGAUGAGCGAAGGACCAAGCUACUUUCACAGCAGUUUAGCGAUAUCCGCCGAGAGUCUGACGUGACGGAAAGUAUUUUGAGUACUUACUUCAUCACCUUUGACCGAAUUACGAGGCAGAUGCCGACUGCCGGCCAUCUCUUGCGGCUAAUUGCAUUCGUUGAUUGCCAAAAUAUACCUGAGCAGCUCCUGAGAGAAUGUGGGGCUGAAGGGAUGGAUGAUCCUGUUGAAUUCCGUCGGGCUGUUGGGAAACUAUUGGGAUUCUCACUAGUUACCGCGAGUAAACACGAAGGCAAGACCUUUUAUGAGCUUCACCACUUGGUUCAGCUAUCAAUACAGGCCUAUUUAUCGCCGGAAGAGCUGCAUAAAUGGAUUGACAACGCACUAAGCAUAGUUUCCCGAAUGUUCCCUAGAUAUGAACACGAGCUGCGGGAUAUUUGCAAGUCAUACAUUCCACAUGCAAUUGUGGUAACGAAAGGCAGAACAGAUAUUAUAUCUGAAGAUCUUUGUUUUCGUAUGGCGGAGUACUUUCUACACUUGGGUUCCUACAACAAUGCAGAAGCACAGAUCUAUCGAUGUAUCAGAUUUCGCGAGGAGAACAAGGAGCAAGGCUGGGAUAAAGGUCAUAGGAGAUUGAUGCUCCUGGGGCGGCUGAGGGCACGCCAAGGGAGGGCUAAGGAGGCGGAGGAGAUACUUCGGAAUGCGCUGGGGGAUCUUGGGGGGUUACGGGGUCCGCAUGAUUCUGACGCCUUGGAGUGCUUAUCCUACCUGGCAAGUGUGAUGACUGACAUCGGAAAGUACGAUGAAUCAGAGACCGUCAAUCGGCGUGCAUUAGAGGGACUGGAGAGAAUUCUUGGGGCAGGUCAUCCAGACACCCUCAGGAGUGUCAGCCACCUGGCUAUUGUACUUUGGAGACAGGGAAAGUACAGUGGAUCAGAGGCAAUGAAUCGGCGUGCACUGGAGGGACGCGAGAAAGCUCUUGGACCAGAUCACCCCGACACCCUAUCAAGCUUCAGCAACCUGGCUAUCGUGCUGGAAUGCCAAGGAAAGUACGGGGAAUCAGAGACGAUGAAGCGGCGUGCACUAGAGGGACACGAGAGGGUUCUCGGACCGGACCACCCCAACACCCUAAGAAGCCUCAACAAGGUAGCUAUUGUGCUGCAAUGCCAAGGAAAGUACGAGGAAUCUGAAACGAUACAACGGCGUGGACUGGAUGGACACGAAAAGGUUCUCGGACCAGAUCACCCCGACACCCUAUCAAGCCUCAACAACCUAGCUAUUGUGCUAGAAUGCCAAGGAAAGUACGGGGAAUCAGAGACGAUGAACCGGCGUGCACUAGAGGGACGCGAGAAGGUUCUCGGACCAGACCACCCCGACACCCUAUCAAGCCUCAACAACCUGGCUAUUGUCCUAGAAUCCCAAGGAAAGUACGAGGAACCCGAGAGGAUGCAUCGGCGUGCACUAGAGGGACGCGAGAAG